AUGGAGUCUUUGGAGCCUAAGGCUGAAUAUGGUCGCAUCGCCUUUGACAUCUUUGCCCUUGAGGAAUAUUUCCUCCUCGAAGACGCGGCUCUGUAUGACGCUGGCCCUGACUACGACAGGGACCAUAUUCUCCGAACCAUCGUAACCCGGCUGCCUUCUCUUGGCGAUUUCUACCCUUAUCCCCACAAAAUCGAGCGGAAAGGGAGGGCGUUGGAGGAGCUAAAGGGUGAGGAGGGGGAAGUAUCAAAUUACAGACUCGUAGCGGCAUCGUGUAGAGCAGAAGCUCUCCUUUUCGUGCUUGAUGCCGAGGCAAUCCGAGAAAACUUGGUCAAGCUUAUGUGGCUCAACGCCCAUGGAAACAGGAUUUGGAACAAUAAGAUCGACCUGAGCGCGAUGGAGGGCAUGCGAGCUACUUUUUCGGAUGGAUACACACUGCUGGAGGCUACUGAAACACACUGCGUCAUCGGGAACGAGGAGGACGAACAAUAG